ACUUUCCUCGCCUGGCCACACUGCACUCACGUUCUCCACUUGCUGCGUUUUCCAGGAGCCGCCCGACGAAAAUUGGCCAAUUGCACCAGGAUGAGCGAGGAAUUCAAGCUGCCCAAGCGCUCCCGUAAACGCACACGUGAUGUGAAGCGCAAGGCGCGUCCGGAAUUGGACGGGGAGAAUGCGUGGGUGGCGAUGCGCUACUGCGAAAACUUCGAGCCAUUCUGGGACUUCACGGACAACCUGGAGCGGAUCGAAGAAUCGGAGGUCCCGGAGGCGGAGUUCAUCGAACGUUUCGAGAGGCCGUACAAGCCCGUGGUGAUUCGCGGCUGCACUGACGGCUGGCUGGCGCUGGAGAAGUGGACACUGGGCCGCCUGGCCAAGAAGUAUCGCAACCAGAAGUUCAAGUGCGGCGAGGACAACGAGGGAUAUAGCGUCAAGAUGAAGAUGAAGUACUACGUGGAGUACAUGCAGGGCACGCGCGACGACAGCCCGCUGUACAUCUUCGACAGCAGCUUCGGCGAACACCACCGGCGGCGGAAGCUGCUCGAUGACUACGUGGUGCCCAAGUACUUCCGCGACGACCUCUUUCAGUACUGCGGCGAGAAUCGCCGGCCACCGUACCGCUGGUUUGUCAUGGGACCGGCCCGCUCCGGCACCGGCAUCCACAUCGAUCCGCUGGGCACCAGUGCCUGGAACACGCUCCUCCGCGGCCACAAACGCUGGUGCCUGUUCCCCACGCAAACGCCCAAGGAACUGCUGAAGGUGACGAGUGCCAUGGGCGGCAAGCAGCGGGACGAGGCCAUCACCUGGUUCAGCACCAUAUAUCCUCGCACCCAGCUGCCCAACUGGCCGGAGCAGUACCGACCCAUCGAAGUGCUCCAGGGCGAGGGCGAGACGGUGUUCGUGCCCGGCGGUUGGUGGCACGUGGUGCUCAACCUGGACGACACCAUUGCCAUCACCCAGAACUUCAGCUCGCAGACGAACUUCCCCUGCGUCUGGCACAAGACUGUGCGCGGGCGACCCAAGUUGUCGCGCAAGUGGCUGCGCGUGCUGCGAGAACAGCGGCCGGAGCUGGCCCAGAUCGCCGAAAGUAUUAACCUGAACGAGAGCACCGGCUUCGCCUCGGACAGCUCCAGCAACUCGAGCUCCUCCUCCUCGAGCAGCUCCUCGUCCUCGUCGGAGGAGAGCGAAGACGGCGGCGGCGAUUCCAACACGGACAGCGGCCAGGAGAGUCUCACUGCCAAGAAGAAAAAGAAACGACGCAUGGCGGGCGGUGGCGGAUCGGGGUCCGGAUCCAUGGGCGGAUCCUCGCGCUCCUGAUGCAGGGAGCGAGCCAAGCGCAAAGGCUUGCUCAUGCGGCUCUUUCAACGGCAGCUGAUGCUGCUCAGACGGCUGCCCCGCUGCCGCCGCAGCUAGCACUGAGAUUACCAUACAUCAUCAUACGUAGCCAGGCCGUUCCAGAGUUUUGUAAUAUUUUUCUACUUAGACAAGACAAGCAUGUUUGCAGCUCUUUGAUUCCGUGCUCGCCCUCACUAAAAGCCUGCUCCCUGAUUUCAAUAGAUGCUCCAACGUGACUCAUUAGCGUAAACCUUAAUUGCAAAAAUAAAUAAAUCCAAUAUAUUUGUAAAA